AUGGCGCAUCACUGCUGCAGCAAACAGAAAGUCAAGAGAGGCCUGUGGUCUCCUGAAGAAGAUGAGAAGCUUAUCAAAUAUUUCACCGCUCAUGGCCAGGACUCUUGGAGUUCUGUUGCCAAACUCGCAGGGUUACAGAGAUGUGGGAAGAGUUGCAGAUUGAGAUGGAUAAACUACUUGAGACCAGAUCUGAAAAGGGGUUCAUUUACAGAGCAAGAAGAGAGGACUAUCAUCGAUGUUCAUAGAAUUCAUGGCAACAGAUGGGCGCAAAUAGCGAAGCAUUUGCCUGGAAGAACUGACAAUGAGGUCAAGAAUUUUUGGAACUCAUGCAUUAAAAAGAAACUUCUUGCUCAAGGGAUUGAUCCCAACACUCACAAUCUCCUCUCUCCUUCUCAAUUUUUUCAUAACAAUACUUCCAACAAUAUUGUAGCAUGCAACACAACAACAAGAAGCAGCAGCUUCUUCCUCCAAUGUUCCUCCUAA